GAGCAAUGGACUGCAGUUCCAUAGGUCAUGGGUUCAAUUCCCAUUCGGUCCUUAAAAGCAUUUAUUUUUGCAAAUUAUCCCAAAUGCAAGCGAAUAACCUCGCCAUGCAUGCCCUCUUACCCUUAUAACCAUCUGCCUUCAGUAACCAAUUUAUCCAUGGCGAUACUCUUAAUUGACCACUCAGAAGCUUUUGCAGUUUGCGCAAAUACUACCUACUCCAAUUCCAUCUCAACUACUCCGCGCGAUUGCCGACCGUCGCGUGACUCCAAGCCUCUUCCUUCGUCUUCCCGCGCUCCAUCCGAGUCGUACGACCUGUCUGAUCAUACAACGAUCUGCGGAUCUACGAAACUUCAAUCCACUGCUACGGAGAUAUCGAAACAUUCGAAACGAUGCGUGGUCGAAAGGCUGGUGGUGCUGGCAGGGCCUCCCGCGCUGCCGGUGCCAUCUCUACACCCACGCCAGUCGCAGCCGUGAUCCCAUCUACAGUCUCGUCUGCUCUGCCUACUCCUCUCAGCAGCGCAUACCCCUCUACUUAUGCGUCAGAAGCUGAGUUUGACAUUGAUCUCGACGAAGAGAUCAGAAAUCUCCCUCUCGAUGCUCUUAGUCUCGAAGCAGGCGACCCAGCAACACCAUACAGACCCAAAUCCAGACGAACCAAGCCGCGGCCGUUCCGAUUUCUCGAUCUCCCGUCCGAAUUACGCCUCAAAGUGUAUGGGUACCAUUUCGCCAACACUGGCCAUGUGCUUGACUUGGACUCGGAUAAUUACAAACGAAUCCACCAGAAACUGUCAAUCUUAAGGACCUGUCGCACUAUCUAUGUGGAAGCAUCGUACUUUUUCUAUAGCACCCAUCUAGUUCGCCUCUUCCCCGCCGUCCCUGGUCGCUUCUUCAAAACCAAGAAGCCCCUGCUCGCUCGCUUGAAGCCUGGGCAGAGGGCAUGCAUCAACACACUCGAGCUCCGUCUGGGCCCAGGCUGGAGCAAGCCACCUCGCGGCUGGGAGGUUAAUGCUGCACUGGGUCUCAGCCAGUGCGUCAACGUCACCAAGAUCGCUAUCUUCGUGGAAUGCGACCCUGGCAACGAUAUCUUCAAGGGCUUCCGCCAACCUGGUGGAUUCUUCGAGACGUUUUCGAAGAAGCUUCUUGUGGGUGUUCUCGACGAGAUGCCUUGGGUAGAACGAGUGGAAUUCGACGCUUGGCCGAGUGUCAAGAAGUCGGGCGCUCUUAUGACCGGCCUGAUCGACCUCGUUACUUCACGCGGCAUGAAGAUAUCCUGGGGUCUUGAACGGGGCUGGACCGACGCAGAUGAGGUGGAACCGCCGCCCGUCGUCCACAACUAUGCUCCUCUUGACAGCCUCCUGAAUGCUACUAAUAAUAUUCUAGUCCUCGCAUGAAAUUCUGAAGUGCCUUUUAUGGAGCGUUUAGCCUUAUGACCUACCCUAAGAAGAAUUCAUAUUGCACGGACAAUGGGAAAAUCUCCUAUAUCAUUACGGGAAGUUGGGAGUUGAGCAAAUUGAUAGGUUUGAUGACUCGAAGCUUGCCUGGAAACGGUUCGCUUUUAAUGAUCUCUGCUUCAUUUCAGUCUUUGGAGCACACUGCUCAGUCAGACUCAGGAUGAGGAAAUUGACAACGUUUCGAAAGAAAGAAAGCUAGCAUCUUAGUUCUGUUAGGACAUGCCUUGAGAUUUGGUGAAAUCAUGUGAGAUGAGCAUGCUCUUUCCUACCUUAGUAGACGUGACUGCUGGGAUAAUUACCUGCUGCGUAGCUUUGGCUAUCUAACCAUUUUACAUGAUGGACCUCCAGACAUUAUGUGUAUAUAUAUUCACAUGCUCGCAAGAAUAGAUUUACAUAACCUAGGCAGUAUGUUGAGGUCGUUAUCGAUUUGACCCCACUACAAAUUUCCACUAGCUAUCCCCAGCUACAUACAUAUCCAAAUAAACCAGCAUC